GCAGUUGAUCUUAGCCAUGGGAACGGGAGCGGUCCUGGAGGCCUCCGGUCAGCUGCUGGCGGGGCCCGCAUCCAUCCUCGGGCAGGAGUUCCCAACCGACUUCAGCUGGGGAGAUGUGGUCCCAGGACGCCCUCGCGUCGCCUCUCCCCUGCGGUGACUCCAGAUAUUUCUGGUUAUAAAAAAGAUGUGACUCUCAGACUUAUCCUGAAUGGGAAGUAUGAGUUCAGAUGUCCCUCUGCUAAAUGAUUACAAACAGGACUUCCUGCUGAAGCGCUUUCCACAGACUGUUCUUGGAGGCCCUCGACUCAAACUAGGCUACUGUGCCCCUCCUUACAUAUAUGUUAAUCAGAUUGUCCUUUUCCUGAUGCCAUGGGCCUUAGGUGGAACGGGAACGCUUCUAUACCAACUGGAUAUCCUGAGAGACUAUACUGCAGCCGCGCUUUCAGGAGGACUAAUGGUGUUCACUGCGGCUGUCAUCCAGCUCAUAAGCGUGUACGCCAGGAGCAAGUCGGUGGUGGUCAGGAGGAUGCGAACCAGGGAUAUCUUAGCAGAGGAAGACCAGCACGAAUUUACAAGUUGUGCUGGUGCUGAGACCGUCAAAUUUCUGAUUCCUGGCAAAAAAUAUGUAGCCAAUACAGUUUUUCAUUCUGUUCUUGCUGGGCUAGUGUGUGGUCUUGGAACAUGGUAUUUGCUCCCAAACCGAGUAACCUUGCUGUAUGGCAGCCCUGGGGCGACUGCUGUGCUCUUUGUGUUUGGGUGGAUAACACUUUGCAUAGGAGAAUACUCACUCAUUGUAAACACCGCCACAGAGACAGCAACAUUCCAGACCCAGGAUACUUACGAAAUCACUCCUCUCAUGAGACCACUUUAUAUUUUUUUCUUUGUUUCUGUGGACCUUGCACACAGAUUUCACUGGUGGAAAAUGUGUCCUCUGACUUAACACCACGUAUUAGCCUUGUGCUCACUGUCUGUUCCCUGCUUAAACAAUCUGAAAGGCAUCCAGUGUGAAGCAGUGUGUUGCCUGGUGUAGGCCAAGCAUGCCCAUGAGCAAGUUUAUUGUAAAUAUUCCAGCUCUAGAGCAAAUGAAUCAGAUUUUGCACAUCUUGUUUGUGUUACUGCCCUUCCUGUGGGCACUUGGGACUCUGCCCCCACCUGACGCCCUUCUCUUUUGGGCAGUGGAGCAGGUUUUAGAGUUUGGUCUUGGGGGUUCAUCCAUGUCCACUCACCUACGGUUAUUGGUCAUGUUCAUCGUUUCUGCUGGAGCAGCAGUCGUGUCGUACUUCAUUCCCAGCACCGUCGGAGUGGUUCUCUUCAUGACUGGACUCGGGUUCUUACUGAGUCUUAACCCAAGUGACGUGAGCAUGGUCUUCCGGUACGGUGUGACCAGGCACAGGGUAGGAAGCAGUCAUGAGGCUCGCCCAGGCAAUUCAGGCCAUUGGUUCCCGUGGAAGGAGUGCUUUCUGUUCAUCGCUGUGCUGGGCAUGGCUCUCCUGGAGGCUGGGCUGCUGCAUCACUAUGUCAGCGUCCCACAGGUCUCCAGAAGCGGCGCUCAGGCUGUCGUGGGCUAUGUCCUGAUGGUGUUACUUUCAAUAGUGUGGAUACUGAGAGAAACUCAAAGCAUCUACAUCUUUGGGAUUUUCCGAAACCCUUUCUAUCCGAAGGAUAUACACGCUGUGUCUGUAUUCUAUGACAAGCAAAACAAGCUCCUGAAGAUUGGUGCUGUCAGAUGGAUUUUGCUAACUCUAGUGUCCCCUUUGGCAAUGGUGGCCUUCCUUGCGCUGGACAGCUCCUUACACGGGCUCCACUCUGUGUCUGUCUCCAUUGGAUUCACCAGGGCUUUCAGAAUGGUGUGGCAGAAUACAGAAACUGCUUUACUGGAGACUGUGGUUGUAUCAGCAGUGCACAUGGUGUCCAGCACAGACUGCUGGUGGAACAGGAGCCUUGAUACAGGAAUCAGGCUGUUAUUGAUCGGUAUCAUGCGAGACCGUUUGAUUCAGUUCAUCACUAAGUUGCAGUUUGCUGUGACUGUACUUUUGGCAUUGUGGACAGAAAAAAAACAGCAUAGGAAAACAACAACGACUUUGUGUGUCCUCAACACUGUAUUCGCUCCCUUCGUGCUGGGUAUUAUAGUUCUUUCAACACUACUGUCAUCUCCUCUACUGCCCCUCUUCACACUUCCUGUUUUCUUGGUGGGGUUUCCUCGUCCAGUUCAGAGCUGGCCAGGAGCAGUGGGCACUGCAGCCUGUGUGUGCACCGACAGUGUGUUCUACCACCAGAUGGUCCCCAGGCUGACUGCGGCACUGCAGACCGCCAUGGCGGCGGGAAGUUUAGGUCUCCUCCUACCUGGCUCUCAUUACUUGGGCCGUUUUGAGGAUCGUUUAAUAUGGAUAAUGAUUCUAGAGUGUGGCUAUACUUAUUGCUGCAUUAAUGUUAAGGGGUUAGAACUGCAGGAAACAUCCUGCCACACUGCUGAAGCCCAGAGAGUUGAUGAAGUGUUUGA